AAUUCGGUAGUCAACUACGCAAAAAACACAUUUCUAGUUAACUUUUAUGAACUAACUAAAAGCUAACUACAAUGUAAUGCAUAAAUGCCCCACAUCAGAGCGAGCAUAGAGAAUGCAGGUGUUUCUGUUUUUGAUUUUUUUCUCAUCUUUACUGUUAGUUCUUUGUAAUCUCUCUUUUCGUUAUUAGUAGGCUGUAGUCAAUUGUCCGUGAAUCAGUUGAUGAAUCGUGUGCAAGCAAAAGUGACACAAAAUUUUAAAAGAUAAAGUUGUUAAUUAAAUUAAAAAGAGUACAAAUUCUCAAUCUGAUUGCUUUAAAUUUUAAUUAUUGUGUACUUGUAAAAAGUAAAAUGAGGGGUGUAAGCAAAAGGCAUUUGAGACGGUUAAUCAAAAAGGAAAAAGAUGUGUUUUCUAGUAAACUUUUGUCUAAUAGUGUAGCUCAAUUAGAAGCCACGUGCUCCUCUGUUAAUGCUCAGUGUCAUGACGAAGGCCAUAUGGAAAGUAGUGAUAUUGGCAAUACUUUCGAGCAAAAAUUUGCAUAUGACAUAAUUAUGAAGUCCUUGGCUGAGCAGAAAGUGUUGACGGAAAGGGUUCUUCACCAAGAGGUAACCAACAAUAAUGCAUGUGCAGUUUUCCCCAUAAAAAGUGUCAACGACUUACACGACUUCAACACUAUUAUUAGUGAGGACAAUCGUGACCUCUACGUUAACAGGAUGAAGGCUUUGUUAAAAGGGCGCCUGGCGAAAACAUUGACAGAUGUUAUUUCCCAAAGUGUGUGCAUAGAAAUCAAUUUGGAUGGAGUUCACGGCAAGAAGCGUUUGAAAGAUUUUAAAGCUUUUUACCAAACUUUAAUGGAUGCUUGUCGUUCGCUUGGUUUUGAAGACAACGAAAAGGAGAUAAGGAAUGCCUUGAAAAUCAUUAAAAAGCGGCAUUUCCAUGCAGAAUGUAUUAAAAAUAGGAAGAAUAAAACAGAAAAUUAA